UCACAAGAUAUGCUUGAAUUAAACAAAAAAUAUCACCCGUGGUGAGCUAGAGGUCAACAGUGAAAUAAUAAACAGAAACUUCUGCUGACAAUCGAGACCCUGAGACGCAUCGUUUACAAUUUGCAAAAUCAGCGAAUAUAGGCAAUGGCACAAUAAAAAUAAAAUAUAAUAGCGACUAUAAACAUAUGAAUAACAGUUAACGGAACAUCCUCUCGCGAAAAUUUCAAUGAUGGUGGUACCUUUGGAAACACCCGCAUUACUUUACAUAAAAUAACUUUCUUUUGUUUGCUUUCUCGGUAAAUUUUCAGUGUAGUUCAAAGUGUACCAGUGUUCAGCUGCUAUCAUGAACUUUACCACUACAGAACCACCAGUGGUUCCCUUGACCGAGACGCUCCAUCGUCAACCAAGAUUUGGCUACAUACCUCUUCUAGCAAUUUUCCUCUCAAAUCUUCUAUCAAACACCGCAGUGGCAAAAUUCAUUCCACUUGGAUCUCUCAGACUAUCAUACGAUCCAUUACCACUUUUGAGACCUGCAUCGUCAUUUCAACAACAAUAUGGCUCAGAAGAGUCUCAACAUGUUUAUCAUCAUCAGCCUGCUAUCCACCAACAGCAAAUUGUAAAUAUUCUUGACCAUAAAAGACCUACAGAGAUUGUGGUAGAGAGUGGCACAGAAGAACCAACUGAGAGUUCUACAGAGCACCAAGUUUAUAGAGACGAUGAGUUAGAGAAACCUGCAAUCGAGGAUAUCAGUGACAAGUCAGCCAGGGUUCUUUUUAAACGAGGAAUUGCUGGCGAUUAUGGAGUGAAAUCAGCUCCGAUGAGUUUUGAGCAAGAAAAUGGCUCCAAUUAUCCAAAACAGGAAAUUUCAGGAGCUGAUAUCAAAUAUGAUACAAUAAGGAGCUCUGAAGUAAGCAAAAUUAUAUCAAAAAGAUCUCCUGCCAAUGAUAGGAUAAGCAAGAACCAGUAUGCUGAUCAACAGAAUAACAGCAACUUCCUGAGUCAAGACUACAAAGAGUCUAGUUCUAAGCCACCACAGCUCAAUUUAGGUAAGAUAGAUGGAAAGAUAAAUAGAAUCCCAGCUAUAUUAUUGGUAGAGCGUACAGCUCAUGCUAAAGACGCAGGAAGUGACAGUUAUGAAACGCUCACUAUGAAAGCAGGAGAAAAUCUUGAGUCGCAAGAUAUGAUUGAAUUGAAUAAAAAUAUCACCCGUGAUGAGCUAGAAGUCAUCAGUGAAAUAGUAACAGAAACUUCUGCUGAAAAUCAAGAUCCUGAGGAUUAUCGGGUGCAAUUUGCAAAAUCAGCAAUUGAAAAUAUAGACAACAACAUUCUUGUAAACUCAAAAGUAGAUAGUCUAAAGAACGAACACGAAAAAGCUGAUGGUCAAAACAUGGAACAGGAACUCAGAGCAUCUGGAAAUGGUAUGAAGAAGCAUAGCUCUGAGAUAAUGAGUGUCAGAAAUAUGAGAGCACUUGUGAAAAGAGGUACUGCCAAUAGAUAUCGAGUGAGAAAGAAUAACAAAUAUCUGUACCAGAAACGAAGGAGGGUACCUGAUUAUUACUACGACAGUUACGAAGAUGUAUCGAGAAGCAGGUACUAUAUGCCCAGACGAAGGCCAACAAGGCCAAGAAGGCCAAUAGACUCCUACGAAGACUUCUACUAUUCAGAUGAGAAUUACGACUACGACUAUCCGGAAAAACCUUUGCCUCAAAAAAACAGAAGACGCACUACUACGACUACAAGGCCACGUAGAGUCAGUACGAAGCCGACAAAUCGGAGGAGAGUUCCGAGUACAACCCCGUCAGAUGAAUAUGAUGAUUACGCGAUCGAAGUGGUAGCCAGACCUAGGCAAGGGUCAACUACUAUAACAAAUGGUGAAACCGAUCAUCCAAGUUCUACCACAUCAGGUUCUACUUCAACAACUACAGCACAGCCUUCUACAACUACAAAUGCAACAACUACAGGAGGAUACGGUUAUGGUUCAUCUCAUGGUCACGAAGGUGUAAGUAUUACCUACGGGCCCCCUACAGGAGGAGGUCAUGGAUUAUAUGGACCUCCUUCAACGUCCUAUGGGCAUCCACAUACUCACUAUGGUCCACCCAGUACACAGUAUGGUACUCCGAAUAAUGGAUUUGGUCCUUCUUCUCACGGGUACUAUCAAGUACCUUUUUCAGAUUGGUAUAGCAACGAGGUAUCCAGAGCUUCUAUUGCGAAAAAGGCGCAAGAUAUUAUAGGAUUUGAAAAUGUUUUCAAUUGAGAGUUAUACUGUAAGAAAUAGCAAAAUCGAUUGGGAAAAUCGCAAGGAGAUAAAAUAUUUGGUGAAAGUGUUUCAAAAGUGACACAGUUUUAUUAGUGAAAUAUCGGCAAAAGAAACAUUUUUUGUACAUAAAAAUAUACUAAAUGAUAAAGAAAACGCAACACCCUCUAGGAGUUCUUUAAUCCUGACCAUACUUUUACAAGUUUUAGGUCCCCUGACAAAUAGAAAGUGAUUAAAAUGUUAACUCGAAAUUUCCCAAAUAGCUUCAUGUCCCAUACAUGUUCGAGGGGGGAAAGGUCUGGAAAUCGAGGAGGCCAUUGGAGCCGAUUUACUCCAGACGCCUUUCAAAAGUCUAAACUAACAGGAGCGACAUGAGGUCGUGCAUUGUCCUGCUGAAAAAGUACAAUGUUUCCAAAAAGGGAACCAGGUGUGGUGAUAUAACGCUGAGCAAUCAUGCUACCUCCAAUGAACACUAAUGGUGACCUACUGCCGUAAGCAAUGGCGCCCCAUACCAUAACACCCACAGAGCGAUGAAUAUGCCAUUCGAUGGAUAAUAAUCUUUCACCACGUCUCCUCCCUACUCUUGCACGGCCAUCAUGUGUGCCCAAAUAGAAUCUGGACUCAUUGCUUAACACUACUGAGUUCCAUUCCAUAUUCCAUUUAAGUCUCUUCCUACUCGAUACCAAUCGUUGCCGACGAUGAUGUUGGGUCAGAGGUAGUACAAGAUGGGGACGGUGUCAACACAGUCCAAAAGUCCUUAGUCGCCGAUAAACUGUCCUCAUUGGUGUUGCCUUUAAGACAGCAUCAAACCACUGGUUCACAACUGCCCUUGUCGUGAAAAAUCGAUCUUUUUUUUUAUACUCCAACAACCACGAAGGCCUAAGGCCUAAGCACCCAUUGGGUACCGUGGGGCUAUAGGGGGAUACAUGGGAAAGGGAGGGACGCCACACGGACUCUGGCGAGGGAACACGUGUGCAUGCAACAUGCACACAUUCUGGCUCCGCCUACAAGAACUGCCGGGUGGUACCUCCGCGUUCGACAGUCAGAGACCAUCUACCACCUACGGACAAUCACAACAUCCAUAGCCAAGAGAAAAAUUUCUCCUGUGACGGGACCCGAACCCGCACAGUGCACGGCGACUGAUCAGGAGACCGAAGAGUCUACUACUGCGGCCACCCCUGCUGCCUGUCAAAACGAGCGGUACUUUCCAAGUUCCCAGUUUCAAUCUCAGAUAUCCCCUCCUCCCUGAAACAGACAUCUUCUUGAACAAUUUAAUGGGUCGCCAACUGCGCUUGUUGCAGAAAAUCGUUGUCUAAGUGCUAGUAGCUUCAAAUGACGAUCUUGUCGCUCUGUAGUCUAGUCUUUGACGUCCAGCAUCUCUAACUCGUCAAUUUCGGCCAUCUUGGAAAUACGCUCGACAACAUCUCAUUACAGAAGCUUUGUUUCGAUUCUCCCGAUUAACGAAUUCUCAACCUCAGAAAGUUGAGUUAAAUUAGCGCAUCUGUGAGCUCUAGGCAUGAUAAUGCAAUGAAACAGAAAUGAAACAAAUGGAACCAACACAGAAAAAUCACUGAAUAUUAAGUAAACAUGUUCAUAUUGUUCGGAUCUUGAUAUGACAAAAAUAGCCUCUACAAAAAAAAAGUACGAGUCGGAAUGAUUUUAUCAGCAUAUACUAUAUAUUAAGUUUUUAUUGAAAUUCAAUAAAUAAUUCUGGAUGUUGCAUUUUAUAUGUCACUUAGUAUACUUAUGAAACAAAUCUAUUCAAACUGGCCAACAAUGUUUCAAUUACAGUUGACUACAUGAGAGAAAAAACGCAUUUUUAAAAACAAUAUUUUUAGUUAUUAAUAAAUGACCUAAAUAUCUUUUUCCGAUUGAAAAUAUGGCGUUUUAUGCUUCUCACCCUUCGUUUCAAGUUUUAAAGCAUUUUACUUUCCAGCAAGAAGAAGAAGAAAAUGUUUAACACUUUUAGUUGAAAACCUGACACAAACGAGUUUCACUAUAAUUUAACGGCUAAGAGGUAUAAAAUUCAAUGGGAAAAAUAGUUUUCUAGUUUUUGACUCGAUUACUAACAGCUAAAUAAAAGUUUGUAAUCAAAAUACUUUUUCUUUUAUUUAUUAAGCUGUAACAUGGAAUUUUUGUGUCCGAUUUAAGUGUUACAAACUUUGUCUCUUAUAUUAAAGGGACUAAAGAACAUUUUCACCAAGUAGUUUGCUCCGUUACAAUUCUCUCCGAAAUAUCUUCCGCCAUAUGGCCUGGAUUAUCAUUUAGAUUUAGAGUAUAGAUAAGUUAAGACACCUAUUGUGUAUUUAUGUAAUAAUUUUAUUUUUAUAAAAAUAAAACAGAUAUUCAUUG